AAGUCCACUCGCGCGGACAGGAAGCAGUUCCCGAAAAAGGCGAAAUGCGGGGGUGGGGGACGUCUUCCUGGCCCCACCCUUGAAAGUUGCAGGGAGUGGCACCCCAAGAACUUUGGCAGAUCGUUCUGUGUCGCCGCUCAGGGAGGUCGGCUCCAGCUUUCCCUGCCUGAGCCAAUCUGCCCUGCCUGCCAAGCCCCUCCUUCCCUGCACCUUUAAGGGCUGGAAGAAGAGAGUGUCGGCUGAGGUUCCCUUCUUAAGAAGUCGCACCGGUUUUUCGAGCUCCGCUCUGAGCCCGGGGAGCCACGGCAGCGGGGAGCGGGCGCCUCCGAGUGGAAUAGUAACAUCUUUGGGGGAAAGAAAAUUGGCGUCCUUUCCUGAAAGUGGUAAACGUAUAGCAGAUGGUGGCCCAGGAGGAACACUAGAGAGAUGGAGACCAUCUAUGUUUUAUACUAGGAAACAAGAUCAGUCUUAAGAGUCCAUGUUGAUCUUGGAAAUAGAAGGAUUAGAAAAAGUCGAGUUUCCGCAAAGAACAAGAACUUUACCAUCUCCUUUUUGACCUGAAGACCAGGGGACAAUGGAUAUCAUAGAGACAGCAAAACUUGAGGAGCAUAUGGAAAAUCGAACCAACGACCCUGCAGACACUUACACGAGACCUCCUGAGCCUGUCGAAGAAGAGAACAGAAAUGGCAACAACAAACCUAAGAGCUUAUCCAAUGGGUUGCGGAAAGGCACCAAAAAGUACCCGGACUAUAUCCAAAUUGCUAUGCCCACAGAAGCGAGGAACAAGUUUCCCCUCGAGUGGUGGAAAACGGGCAUUGCUUUCGUGUACGCUCUUUUCAACCUCGUCCUGACAACCGUCAUGAUCACGGUUGUGCACGAGAGGGUCCCUCCCAAGGAACUCAGCCCUCCACUCCCAGACAAGUUUUUUGAUUACAUAGAUCGGGUGAAAUGGGCAUUUUCUGUAUCAGAAAUAAAUGGGAUUAUAUUAGUUGGAUUAUGGAUCACCCAGUGGCUGUUUUUGAGAUACAAGUCAAUAGUGGGGCGCAGAUUCUUUUUUAUCAUUGGAACUUUAUACCUAUAUCGCUGUAUCACAAUGUAUGUCACUACCCUCCCGGUGCCUGGAAUGCAUUUCCAGUGUGCUCCAAAGCUCAACGGAGACUCUCAGGCCAAAGUACAGCGGAUUCUACGGCUGAUCUCUGGCGGUGGAUUGUCCAUCACAGGAUCGCACAUCUUGUGUGGGGACUUCCUCUUCAGCGGCCACACAGUUGUGCUGACACUUACUUACUUGUUCAUCAAAGAAUAUUCGCCUCGCCACUUCUGGUGGUAUCACUUAAUCUGCUGGCUGUUGAGCGCUGCCGGGAUCAUCUGCAUUCUGGUAGCACACGAACACUAUACCGUCGACGUGAUCGUGGCCUAUUACAUCACAACUCGGCUCUUCUGGUGGUACCAUUCCAUGGCCAAUGAAAAGAACUUGAAGGUGUCUUCACAGACUAAUUUCUUGUCUCGAGCGUGGUGGUUCCCCAUCUUUUAUUUUUUUGAGAAAAACGUACAAGGCUCGAUCCCUUGCUGCUUCUCCUGGCCUCUGUCCUGGCCUCCUGGCUGCUUCAAAUCAUCUUGCAAGAAAUACUCACGGGUUCAGAAGAUUGGCGAAGAUAAUGAGAAAUCUACCUGAGGAGCAGAGCAGAGGCAUUGGCUCUUACACCAAAAGAGUUAUCGCUGUAACCAAAGGUAUAGUUUUGAUUUUUAUUUUAGGAAAACUGAUCACUAAAGGAAGAAGCGGACCAAGUUUUGUGCAAGUGAUUAGAAAGAUGAACGAAGUAUUACCCUUGGACUGUUUUUUUUUUUUUUUUUUUAAUUCAUCCUGAGAAAGUUAAAUUCUCCUUCGGCUCUUCAUUCAUUGGUGACAAGCCCUCCAACUGGGAUUUUACUAAUGAGCUUGUUAAAGAGGUGCCAAAGAACAGGCUACUCCUUCCUUAUUCUUUCUGCAGGAAAGCUCUCUACUUCAGAAUUUUUUCAGGAUUUUUUUUUUUUUCCUCCAAGGUCAAAAGAAUUUGUUAAAAUUUUAAAUAAAUAAAGAUAUCUGGAUACAGACAGCUACUGUGUAAAUAAAAUCUCCAAAUGCUGAGAGUGGUUUUUAGCAUUAGGCUUCUUAGCCGUGGGUUGUGAGUGAACUUUGGGUGAACCUUGUUUCUGCCCUGCCUUAGGGGAGGUCAGGGUCAGGUCUGGGAAUAUGUGCUGCUGCUACCAGCCAAUGUACUCCGUGUCACUUUCACUUUAUUUUUUUUUUAAUUGAUAGUUCACUUUUUAAGUUAUAAAAUUAAGUCAAUAGAGAAGUGUUUGAGACACCCCGCAGAUUUCACAUGUGUGUAAAUAUUUCAUUCUGAGAUCCCUAUGACAGGUACACAGGAGACAUGGGGCUGUGUAUGCGAAUGAGGGGGGCUUCUGUUCUCCACAUAUAGAUUCGCAUCUGUGCCCCCCAGGGCAGUCAACAGUGUAACGCAGGCUGAGCAUACAUAGGUGUGUGAACUGACACUGCUGCCCUGUGGGGAACAGGCCUGUGUUUUUCUCCCAGGUCACACACACCCUGGCUGAGAUCUGUCAUGGAGCUGUGAAUUGGAACUCAGAAAUCCAACUGGGCACAUGUCAUUGAAAACCGUUUCUUCCUAGUUCCAUUGUGCUUUAUGGAAAAACCAAGAUAGAGUCCAAAAGUUUUAUCUCAUCCUUGCCUUUUAGCAAGAGACUCGUUUCUUAUGUACUGGUCCUAAGGACACAUACCACAGUUGAAUAAUUUUACUUUGACCCUGAAAUUAUACCACGGUGCUGCACUGUAAUCUGCGGUUAGGAUAGGUGCGUUAGAUGGUGACGGCUCCUCAGUAAAGGGGGGUAGCUGCUUCUGAGGUUCUUUCAGGUGAUGUUAAAAAAAAAAAAAAGAUGGAUUAAAAAAAAAAAAUCCGGCCAGAUUUAGUGCAUUGUUUAAUGCUGUUGAAUCUUUUGGAAAAUUCUUGGCUUGAUUUCUUUAAACUUCUAGUAAUCAUAGAAAAAAAAUUUAAGGUUACAAAAUCAUCAACAGUAGUCAGGGGAGAAGUCAGUCUGGGUAGCAGGAGGCAGUUACCUUUAUAUUGAUGGUGAAGAUUUCUCCCCACUUAGAAUGAAAAACAUCCCUAAGUUUGUCAUUGUCAAUGAGUCAGCCUCGACUCGGUACACAAAAUUGAACUUGAACUUGUCUAAGAGAAGCACAAAACAAUUCUGUUCAGAAGGGUCAUCCUCCUUUGGUGCUAAAAUUCUGUGUAUGUUUUCAGUAUGAUUCUUUCUGUAAAAGAGAAACACUAAAGGUUGAAUCAGAAGGUAGAAAGACUAACUUACUUAUUUAAAACACGAAUUGAAACCCUAUACAUCCUUGGCAGGUUUUGAAAUGCAAGAAGUCUUUCCAGUAUUUAUUAUUAAGUCAAUAAGAACCAUAUGUACAGCUUACGUGGUGUAUUUAGCUAUACUUCUACGUAAUUUUCACUUAUUUUCAUUUGUUAAAUAUUGACGCUGGCGAUAAGACAAUGUAUUCCACUUGAAAAUACUGAUUUUAAAUUUUUCCUAUCUAAUUGUGAGGAAAAGUAUCUGACACAGAAGCUUGAGUUUUGUUCUCCUGACACUGAUAUAUUCCUUGAGCCUUGAAUUUAAAUAAAACAACCUGAUAUACCUUAGAGCCUCAUUCAGCUAGAUCUGGUAUAACCCACUCUUUUUCAAAUUAAGUAAGGAAAGGUGUUUAAGCUUUAAAAAUCAUGGUGUAUUGAUUAUUGGACAACCUUGAAAACAGUAUAAACUUUGCAUUUUAAUCAAGUAAUCCAGUUUUCGUUUUUUUUAAAUACCAUCACCUUUUGAAGAACUUUAAAAACAUCUGUGACCCCAUGUAUGGACACCACUGUUCCCAUGUAUAUGCCACUGCUCUGUAAUAGAUGCUGUGGAAGCAUGUGGUAUGAAAAUAAGGGGAGAGGGGACUAUUAGAGGUUCUAGAUGGGAAAAUAAGAGAAAUAGCAAAACCCAUUUACAUUUAGGAAACCAAACUUGAGGUUCAACCCCAUAUGCCACUUGGGGAUAUAAAUCUUAAACAAUUAUUAGUCUUACUGUGGUGAUAAUUUCACAAUAUGUACAAAUAAAUCAUUACAUUGUAAACCUAAAAUUAAUAUAAUGUUUUAUGUCAAUUAUACCUCGACUGAAAAAAAGAACAUAAUUAUGAGCUUGCUUUUUGAAACAACAUAAGAUCUUAUCUAUUAUCCUUGUUUUUGUACGCCAGUGCGCCAGUUUGAAGCUUUUUCUGGGAUUAAGUCCUUGGUGCAAUAUUUCUAUAAUAUAUAAUUUCUAUGAAUGAUGCCACAUUAAAAAAAAAUCUUUCGAGUGAAAAUGAGUUCCUUUCAGAUUCUUUUUUUUUUUUUUUUCUAAGUUCCUACAUGAGCUCUGAAAACAGUCUUCUUACCCACUCAGUUCCACCCAAGGUAAUUUGGAAUUUGGUAUUUAAUUUCCUGGCAUCUUGGGAAACAAGUUUUGCUAUGGAAGGAGGGUGGGGAGGUGGUUGUGACUGAGCUGGUUGAUGAAUGACAGUGCUUAAGGUUCUCUGCUGUACAGCAGUGCCCCCUUGUGGAAAUAUGUUAUAGGUCUUGGAACACGAACUAGGCACAAGUGUAUUUCCAAGGUUUUAAAGGCAUUUUAAAAUUAUUAUUUUUACCAGUAAUCUGAAAGCAUCAUAAAAGUAAUUAUUUUUUUCAAAAGGAAUUAUUUUAAAGGCAUUUUAAACCUUUUCCAAAGGGAAAAUGUGCUUAGAUCGCAGGGGUUAUAAUUCUAAUCUUUUAUCCAUCUGAUCAAAGAAAAUUUGCAGACCAUUUUUACCUCUCACUAUCACAAUCAUUAAUGUCUCCCUUUAUAACUUCCUGUACUUUGUUUAUCUUGAAACACCAAAUUGGCCAUCUUUCUCGUGUGUGUGUGUGUGUGUGUGUGUGUGUGUUUCUUUUUACAUGCUAGAAUUCAUGCAGUUACUUUUUUGAGAGUUAACAUCUUGUUCCUUGAAUAUUUUGAGUAUUUCUAUUAAAAUUCUUUUAUAUUGUUGACUUUAUUUUGCUCUGUAAAGCUGAUUUCAAAUGUAAGCCAGUCUUAACACACUCACUCCUGUAGUGUAAGGAAGUGUGAGAAGGAAUUCUUAAUAAAUGAGUUUACAUGUUUAAAUCGGACAUAUUAUAAUUAAUAUGCCAUAUGUUGAAGGCUUUUCUAUUUGUAUGUAUAAAGAGUCCUUUUUCAAUGUCAUUGUGUUGCAAUAAUUUAACUCCUCUGACUUACUUGCUAAAAAUAUUUAUUCUAUUAAGAAGUGCUCUUGACUUCAAUACCUAAACCCUGAAAAUCAUGUCAAAAGGUACCCAAAGAUAAGUUUUUAUACAGAUACACACCUUGUAAGUUCUGACUUAUUUUAUUACUCAUUAAUCUAACUAUGUUGUGUUCUGAAUGAAUCAUGAAUAAGAAUAGCUGUUUAUUGUGGAUUUAUUUAAAACUGUCCUUUAAAAGAAAAAGAAGAAGCUAUAAGCUAAUCUAAUUGCCAAGUUGGAAUUCAUUAUUUAGUUUACCUCCUAUGCAAUGAUUAAUGCUGCAAAAUGUAUGGUUAUGUUAUACUAUAUUCACAAAAGCGAGAUUAUUACAAGGUUUGAGAGGUAGCCAAUUGCAUCGUUCGGAAAUUUACUGUACUGUUUCAAUGUGUUAAGUGCCUUGUUGUAAAGUAAAAUUCUAAGUCUAGAAUUCAUUAUUUUCCUGACAUAUAUUUUUCAUUAUGAUAUAUACUGUAUAUCGCUGUAAUAGUUUUAUUAAAUGCUUAUGUUUUAAUUAAAUAUGUAAAUUUCAGAAACUCUUUUCUCUUACCCACUGGUACCUUAAUCAUUGGUCUGUCAUACAGAUUUGAAUUCAGGUUCCUUUUUUCAAGAGGGGAAAUUCUCUUAGUUUAGAAAUAUGUUUUCCAUGCUUGUGCUUUUGUGUUUGUAAAAACAUUUCAGGAGGAAUUUGGGGGCGUUAACUAUAGUUUGUACUUCAAAAUGCCAUUUUACAUUUACAUUUUAAGUGCCUAAUUGUUAGUUAAAACUAAUUUAUGUUUCUAUUCUAAAAAAAGAAUGUGUCUACUUGGUUUCUAAUCUCUCUGGCUUUGCUUAAAAAAAAAAAAGCAAGAGCCUAUACUUUGUAUUUACCCAAUAAACCACCAUGACAUCAACAGUCUUUUCAAAAUUA